AUGGCCGUGGUGCUCGGCGCGUUCGUGCCGGACACCGCGGCGCGGUGGCGCAGCGUGGCGAAGGGAGAGGUGGCGCGGGAGCUGGGCGUCGCGGCGGUGGCAAGUAAGCUGGCGGCGAGGUUGGAGAGAGUGGCCGCGGCGGUUGACGACGCCGAGGCGCGGGCGGCGCGCAGGGACGACGACGCCUCCGAGUGGCUAGCCACGGUGCGCGCAACGGUGUACGAGUCCGACGGCGCCGUCGACCGGUUCAAAGUCGCGGGGCGCCGGUACAGGGACAGGGAACCGCAGCAACAGCAGCAGGCUCUCCCUUGGCUGCUAUCCUCGUGCUGCGAGAACGAUGCCGAGCCACGCCGCGAGGUGGCCGCCGAGAUCAAGAACGCGAGCAAGAAGCUCAAGGCUGUCCUGAAGGAGCAGCGCCGGCUGCAGCUCAAAGCAUCAUCGGCCGCUGAUCGCACCGUCCAGACACGGACGGUGCUCCGGCGCCGGAAUCACCACGGCAUCGUCGGCAAAAGGAUCGAAGACGACACACGCCAGCUCGUUGAUCGGCUGACGCAGACGCAGGGCAGAGCCGCAUGCGAGGUCGUGGCCAUCAUCGGGCCAGACGGCAUUGGCAAGACCACGCUCGCCAAGGCGGUAUACGAUAGUGCGAGGGUGCGCUGCAUCUUCGAGAUAAGGUCGUGGGUUCGCCUACGCAGGGGGUACACCGAGGCCGGCCUGCUCUCGCAGGUCGUCGACGCCGUCGGUGGCGACACAGCAGGGGACGAGAGCGUCGCCGACCUCGAGGCAAUGCUGGCCGGCCUGGUGGCUAACAAGAGGUUCUUGCUGGUGGUCGACGACGUGUGGUACGGCGGGCAAUGCUUUCUGUACUGCUCGCUGUUUCCCCCGGGCUUCGCCGUGGACAGGCGAGCGCUCGUGCAGCAGUGGGUAGCCGAACGGUUCGUGCAGACCAGGGUCGGCGCCACCGUCGAGGAGGUAGCCGAGGAGUACUACCACGAGCUCGUCGGACGGAACCUUCUCCAGACGACAGAGGAAGACGCGCACAGCGGCGGCACGGAGAGGUGCACGAUGCACGAAAUGCUACAUGCUCUGGCGCAGCUGCUCUUGCAGGGCGAGGGCUUCACCGGCAAUGCCCAGCGGCCGCUCGACGACGGCGAUGGCUCCUUCGCGCUGAGGCGCGUCUCGCUUCCUGGAAGAAACAUGGCGGCAGUAUCUGACUGGGUUCUGAGUUCAGAUAGGAUAAGAACACUGCUGCUUCCCAAGAACCCACUGGCAACAGCAGGAAAAAUCUUCGAAAGGAUGCAUCAUCUGAGAGUCCUAGACCUGAGUGAAACAGGACUUGAGCUCGUUCCAGAGACAUUGGGGAAUCUAGUUCAUCUGAGGUUCCUGAACCUGUCCGGGACAAGGAUACAUGCAGUUCCAGAGUCCAUCGGCAACCUGACGAGCCUCAAGUUCUUGCUGCUCAGAGAGUGCAAGUCACUGCAUGCUCUGCCCAAAAGCAUAGAGCAUCUGAGAGGACUCAGAGACCUUGAUCUUGCCGGAACGGUGAUCAAUGCUGGCGCGUUCCGAGUAGGCGAGCUGAGAAGCCUCAAGUCGCUCCGGUACUUCGGCGUGACAAGCACAGAAGCGCGUGCCACACAAGAUAGGGGAGAGUGGCCUCUGGCUGAGCUCAAGCACUUGUACCAGCUGAGGACACUCCAUGUACAGAAGUUAGAGAAGGCUGCCAGCCCGGCCGAGGCAGCCGAGGCGGCACUCGCUGUAAAGACAAGCCUCAGGGAGCUCGCGCUAUCAUGCAGUGGCAAUGUCAAUCUGUUUCAGGCACCAGCUGAGGUCAGGAAGAUUGAGGCUGUUUUUCAAGAGAUGAACCCUCCAGAAUGCCUGGAGUCGCUCAAGAUUUCCAACUAUUUUGGGGCAAAGUUCCCGACAUGGCUGUCAGCGAUCUUGCUUCCGAAUCUCCGCCGUCUCGACAUCAUAGGGUGCAACCUCCCCCUUCCUCCACUAGGUCAACUGCCAGAGCUGAGAUCAUUGCACGUUGCCGAUUCUUCAGCUCUCAAGUUCAUUGAUGCAGAGUUCAUGGGCUGCAAUCACCACCAGGUACCUUUUCCAAAGCUCGAGAACCUGCACUUGCAAGGGUUGCAUAAGCUCCAGAGAUGGAUGGAGAUCGAGGCAGAGGCGUUGCCUUGUUUGCAGGCGAUGCAGUUAGAGAGCUGCCCCGAGCUGCGACGUCUGCCUGGUGGCCUCAGACAUGUGACAUCCCUGAUGGAGCUGCGCAUAGUGGACAUGGCAAGCAUCAAGGCUGUGGAGGGCAUUGCUGCAUUGAGGGAAUUGAGCGUUUGGAACACCCCCAAUCUGAAGAAGAUAUCAAGCAUGCCUUCCCUUGAGGACCUUAGCAUAUCGCACUGCCCAAUGCUGCAGAUUGUGGAGAACGUUGACAGGCUGCAGGCCGUGCACAUCUUUGAUCAUCAAUUGCAGGAGAUUCCAAGAUGGAUCAAGCCUCUUGCGGGAAAGCUGCAGUCGCUGGAUGUCACGAGUACAAUCAAGGUGCUGAAAAGGUGUCUGGUUGAUGGCCCAGACUGGCCCCUGAUCAAGGACAUUGUACAAGUACACGGGCUGACCAUCGGUCCCGGUUAUGUAUACUAUGCCAAGAACCCUUACAUCUUCGAAAGCAAUGUGAAUUCUCAAAGUAAACUUAGCAUGGAACGAAAAACUGUUGAUUCUGAUAAUGCCGAUGAUGCGUCAGCAGGAAACACAAAUGUCAAUCAAGAUGAUCUGGUUUCAGCUUCAAGUACUGGUUAUCAAGAAAUCAGUGGCUUCUUUGACUCAAAACCGGUUAAGAAAGAAGCUAUCAGGACUGAAGACAAUGUGAACCGUAGGGACACACACAGGUCUGUGCAGAGGAAUAGCCAACGUCGCAUGCAUAAGCUGGCAGAAAUUAUCCCUGAAGACGGUGAAGCUGAGGAAGAUGCACAUUCAGUUGUGAUCCUUCCUGCUCAUCCAACUAAAGCCCAUGCGCAAGUGGAGAAAUUGCAUGUUGUUGUUACUGAUAAUCGUAGUGAAGACUCUGAUAUGGGUUUGUCAAAAUUUACCCCUCAUGAAACUGGUCCUGAUGCCAUCACUUCAGUCCUUACCAGGCGAAGAAGGUCAGAGAUGGGAAAAGAUGUUCCCACUGAUGCUGGCACUUCUGGAGGUACUUCUGUUAACAAAUCUGCUGCUGCAGCUGGUCAUAGCUUGGCUCAUGAAGGGUCUCGAGCGAUCAAUAGUACUGAAAUUGAUCAAAAUUUGAACGUCAGUUCACUUCGAAGCAAGGAAUGCACAUUGAAUAAAGGAGAUAACUUUGCUAACAUCAGUAGACAGGCCAGGAGAGUUGAUGACAGUGGAAGUAAGGUGCAAACACAAGUAGUCAACAGGGACACUAAAGAAUUGGGCGAUGAUAGAACUGAAAAUGUUUCACCUGCAAUCAUGGCUCACUCCAGGAAAGUAACAUUCAACAUAGGAAACGAUGAUCAUAUGGAUGCCACUAUUUAUUCACCGAACACAGCCAAUCAGAAUGCCGGCAAGAUAAAUGAGAUAGCAACUGCAGGUACAAAUGCAGCAACUAUGCCAGAUAUUCCACCAGACGGAGAAGUGGCACAAGAAUCUGCUGCUACUAUUGAUAGCAGCUUAACCCUUAAAGGUCAUCACACCGCAAGUAUUACUAAAGCUUCUCCUGACUUCCGUUUACUCUGUGAUGAACAACGGUUAUCCAGUGAAGGAAAAGAGGUUCCCAACACUGCCAAAGGUCCGACUUCUAGUGCUGUUGACAGCAUUGGUGGUCAUAUAGAGGGCAAGAGCACCAGUUUGCCAGCCAAUCCAAUAACAAAUCAUGAAGAAUCUAAAGCAACCAGUGUUACUGAAACCAGGUGUGAUUCAGAGCCUUGCAGGUUACCUGCAAGUUUAGCCUGGCGCAAGCAACGGGCAGUGAAGAAGCAAGAAGCUAGUUUCGCAGAUCCUGGCAAUGGCAUAGGCGCAUCCAUCAAGACAAUUCCAGGCAUGGCAAGAAAAACCUUGGACAAAUGCAAGGUUGGGUCAGUGGAGCAUCCAUCUACUGAAGUAUCAGCGAACACUAAUCCAGAGUGGAAGCCUGCGUUCACCCCAUCUUGCACCACCGAAGCUACCAUGGCAAUCAGACACCACGCCAACCGCCACACCAAUGACAGCGCGCAUUGCUCCAUCGACGUCAAGGCCGAGGACCCGCAUGAGGCACCAAAGGUGUACACCGCCAUUUGGGCCGACACCGACACGGACACCCUGCGAGCUCGGUUCCUCAGCUCGAUGCAGUACUACCGUAAGAUGGCAUCACGCCGCCGUCGCCGCCAUAGGACGAAGCGUGGCUCUGGGAGCAAGUGGAGCAUCGGCCCAGUGUUGGUGGUCGUCCUCCUGGUCGUCUCCAUGGCGCAGCUGCUGUUCAUCGUCUGGCUGUACCGCAGGCUCCUGAACCAAAAGUAGCGACCAAUGGUGGAACUUCAGUUUAGCAAUUGUAACAGCAUUCCUGUCGGGAAAUGGAAUACUAUCCUGCGCUCUUGCAAUUUUUGCAUCGAAUUGGUGGUUUCUUAAGAUCUAGAAUAUGAGUAAUCGUCGCCGCAUCAUGUA